AAUGUGAAUUAGUAUAGCGAGAGUGUGUAUUUUUGCAAUUUUGUCACCAAUAAUACUAUAAACAACUGUGACGAUUAGUCAAAGAGUAAGAAGAAAGUAGAAUCCAUCACAAAAAGAAAAAAGAAAAGAACAGUAUGGCGAUUACGGUGCCGAGACGGCAGCUCUUCAUCGGCGGUCAAUGGACAGAUCCCGUUCGCCGUCAAACACUCCCCGUUGUGAAUCCCGCCACCGAAGACAUCAUCGGUUAUAUUCCAGCUGCAACUUCUGAGGAUGUGGAGCUCGCGGUGGAAGCUGCUAGGAAAGCACUUACGACAAACAAAGGAAAGGAUUGGUCUAGAGCAUCUGGGGCUGUUCGUGCCAGAUACUUACGUGCGAUUGCAGCUAAGGUAACUGAGAGGAAGUCUGAACUAGCUAAUCUCGAGGCUAUUGAUUGCGGUAAACCUCUAGAUGAAGCAGCUUGGGACAUGGAUGAUGUUGCUGGGUGUUUUGAGUAUUAUGCUGACCUUGCUGAAGGCUUAGAUGCAAAGCAGAAGGCUCCUCUUUCUCUCCCUUUGGAUUCUUUUAAGGGCUACGUACUCAAGGAGCCCAUUGGUGUAGUUGGCCUGAUUACCCCAUGGAAUUAUCCGUUACUGAUGGCUGUCUGGAAAGUCGCUCCUGCACUUGCUGCUGGGUGCACGGCAAUACUGAAACCUUCAGAGUUGGCCUCCGUCACAUGUUUGGAGCUAGCUGAUAUUUGCCGCGAGGUUGGUCUGCCACCUGGUGUUCUUAAUAUUCUGACUGGUUUAGGAACUGAAGCAGGUGCUCCAUUGGCAUCGCAUUCACACGUUGACAAGAUUGUUUUCACUGGAAGCACGGCAACUGGAAGCAACAUUAUGACUUCUGCUGCCAAAUUGGUUAAACCUGUUUCCUUGGAGCUUGGGGGAAAGAGCCCUAUCAUUGUCUUUGAUGAUGUUGAAAUUGACAAAGCUGUGGAAUGGACUAUGUUUGGUUGUUUCUGGACUAACGGUCAGAUUUGCAGUGCGACAUCUCGACUUCUCGUGCAUGAAAAGAUUGCUGACAAAUUUUUGGACAAGUUGGUAAAGUGGACAAAGAACAUUAAGAUUUCAAAUCCUUUUGAAGAAGGCUGUAGGCUUGGUCCUGUUGUCAGCAAAGGACAGUACGAGAAAGUAGUGAAAUUUGUCUCAAACGCUAGGAAGGAAGGUGCAACUGUCCUCUGCGGAGGAGCUCGUCCUGAGCAUUUAAAGAAGGGUUAUUUUGUUGAACCUGCUAUAAUAUCAAAUGUGACUACUUCAAUGGAAAUCUGGAGAGACGAAGUCUUUGGUCCUGUUCUGUGUGUCAAAACGUUCUCCACCGAGGAUGAGGCAAUUCAGCUGGCAAAUGAUUCCCAAUAUGGAUUGGCAGGCGCUGUAUUAUCAAAUGAUCUGGAGAGGUGUGAUCGCAUUAGUAAGGCACUCGAGGCGGGUAUUGUGUGGGUCAAUUGCUCUCAGCCAUGUUUCUGCCAAGCUCCAUGGGGUGGAACCAAACGCAGUGGUUUUGGCCGUGAACUUGGAGAAUGGGGACUUGAGAACUACUUGAGUGUGAAGCAGGUGACGCAGUAUAUCUCUAAUGAACCAUGGGGAUGGUACAAAGCUCCUUCCAAGCUUUGAGUCAAAACACUAUACUUCGUGAUGUUUCCUUAAAGAUGUAAUAAUGAGAGGACGUCGUGAUUACUCUUCAUCAUUAUCAAAAACGUCCCUGUUUAAAAGAGACGGUAUUGUGACGUCCCACACUAGCGACCUAAAAGAAAACAUAAUAUCCAUAUAAAUUUUCUCCGGUUCUACUUGCAAACUAGUUUUUGGUUGAGUUCUACUUUUACAUUUUAUAUAGGGCUGGUUACGAACUGAUUAUUUCCGAAUCAAACAUUGUUUUUUUUUUCUCUUAAAACAAUGCUAU